AUGGCCGACUCUGCUGCUGCCACAGGCCCCAAGCCGAAGAAGAACAGGAAGAACAAGGGCGCCAAGGCCAAGGCCACGCAAGAUGCCCCAACAGUCCCCAAUGCCACUGACGAGCCGAAUGGGUCAGACGAGGAUUCCGAAGGGGACCCCGCCCCCGAUGCUGCUAAGCGCGACCCAGCAGAGGACAACCCGACCGACCAGCACGUCAACAACCAAGACCAUGAGAUUACCCACAGUGCCAAUGAACCCCCGAUUCCCGCCUCCGAUGGCAGCGAGCCCAAAGACCGCUUUGAUGCACUAGUGCGGGACCGCGAUUCCUUACGCGCCGAAGUGACCGAUAUGCGCAAGUCGCUGGAGGAGAUCCAGUCCAAGCACAGCGCCGAGAUGGAGACGCUCCAGCAAAAACUGGAUGAUGCUGAGAGCAAGAAGGAACAGGCCGAGACCCAGUUCCAGAAGCUGCUGGAACGGGUGAAUACGAUCAAAUCCCAACUCGGGGAGCGCCUCAAAGAGGAUGCCGAAGAAUUGGCCCAGACCCGAUCGCAGAUUGAGGAGCUCGAGGAUGAGAAUACAAAUCUGAAGAUGCAGCUAGAUGACAAGACCACACAACUAUCUGCACUGACCGAGGAUGCAGCCGAGAAAGUGAAGGAGCUUGCUACAUUGCGGGACCGGACAACUCUAUCCCAGCAGAACUGGCUGAAGGAGAAAGACGAGCUUCUUGAGCAAGAGUCCUAUCUCCAGUCAGAGUUCGAGCAAGCCAAGGAGGCCAUGCAUAAUUGGGAAGUUCUGGCAAUGGAGGAGCGCUCCAUUCGUGAGAAUCUCGGUGAGAAAGUUGCGGAUUUGGAAGAGCAGCUCGGCGGGUUGAGGGAUGCCUAUGAGAAAGUAUCCAGCGAACGCGACAGCCAGCAAGGCGCGGUCGAUGGCCUACAGCGGGCCCUGCAGGAGAUACAAACGGCUCGGAAGCAGGAAUUGCGAGAGCUCGUUGAAAGCUCCGAUGCGCAGCUGGAAGAGCUUCGGAAGUCCCUGCGGGAUGCUGAAAAGCAAGCAGCCGAGGCCGACAAGGGUCUCCAAACCGCACAGGAAGAACUGGAGCGGGUACGACCAUUUGAGAAGGAGGUGAAGGAGAAGAAUCUGCUGAUUGGCAAAUUGCGGCACGAAGCCGUGACGCUCAAUGAUCAUCUCACGAAGGCCUUGCGGUUUCUCAAGAAAGGCAAGCCCGAAGACAACGUCGACCGGCACAUUGUCACCAACCAUCUAUUACAUUUCCUUGCCCUGGAUCGGUCCGAUCCGAAGAAGUUCCAGAUCCUGCAGCUCAUUGCAGCCCUUCUAGGCUGGACAGAUGAACAGCGUGAGCAGGCUGGUCUUGCUCGCCCGGGGACGUCGACCAUGACGCUGCGCGUGCCGGGCACUCCGCAUCGCACCCCGAGCACGCCGUCCCUGGCGACCGAGUUUAUGGACAAUGGGGCCUCGAGCAAGGAGACGCUGGCAGAGCUGUGGUCCAACUUCCUGGAACAAGAAGCACAGGCCGGAGACCUCAACAUGAUGCGACGAGGCAGCCACCCGGGGCCAUCCCGGUCAUAA